GCCUGCACCGCCCCGCCCCGCUCCAGGCCGCUCCCCGCUGCAGGAGCGCCGCGAUCCCCCCCGCCCCAGGGCCGGGUGUCUCGGAGCCCCGCGGUGCCUGUCCCCCGGUCCCCGCUCACUGUCGCGCUCCGGCAUCGCGCCCCGCUCCCGGUCCCGGUCCUGCUCCCAGUCCCCGCUCGGCCCCGCAGCCCCUCGGCCCCGCCGCUCCCCUUCCCGGCACCCCCCGCGGCGGCCGCUGCCAUUGGCCGGCGCCGAGGCCGCGCCCCGGUGCCGCGGUGCGGAGCGCAGCGAACAUGGCGGCGGCCGUGAGGGGCGUCGGGGGCGGGCUGGGUCGCGGCCUGCGGGAGCUGCGCUUCCACCUCUGCCAGCGCUCCGCGGGCAGCCGCGGCGUCAGAGACUUCAUCGAGCAGCACUACGUGACCCUGAAGAAGGCGAACCCCGACUUCCCCAUCCUGAUCCGCGAGUGCUCCGGGGUGCAGCCGCGGCUCUGGGCGCGGUUCGAGUUUGGCAGGGAGAGGAGCGUGCCUCUGAACAACCUGAGUGCAGAUGAAGUGGCCAAGGCCCUGGAGACCAUUGUGAAGAGCACAGGGUGAAGACAGGCAGCAAACACACACGUGCUGAAGACUUGACUGAUGAUCUUUAAUGUCAAACAUGUAUCUUUUAACUUAUCAAUUGCAUAAAAGCAACGUGCUUACCCUGA